AUGCCAGCCUCGUACCGUCGCAUCGACACUACAGACCCUCGUCGGUUCGAUCGAGUAGUGCCAUUCACCUUGCCAGGCAAAUGGGCAGACGACUCUCCAGAUCUGUAUGAGAUGCUACUCAGCAGCUCCACUGUGGCCUCCGGAGCUGCAAUGCUAACCAGACAGAUCCCGGUCGCGUUCGUUGGAGUGGUGCUCAGUGCUGCGCAUGUUGCGCAUUACAAGCCCCUACAAAAGAGAAGAGAGGGCUCGCAGCAAGCUGGACCCUACAUGGGACUCGGGUGAGUUGGGCGUCCCGAGGAGAGGAGCGCUGAAAAUGCCAUCCCUUGGCGCACACCAGCGUAUCUUGCUGCUAUUCCGCUCGCAGGACACGCGUGCUCACACUACCUCAUUUCAAACUUCAGUUUUGCUCUCAUCGCCCUGAUAGUGCUCAUUUUUCAAAAGGUGAGCCGAGAGCUUUCUCUGUACCAAAGCAUAGCGCAUUCGCUCAUUCGAGGGCUGCCUCUUUCUGAAAGAUGAUCGGCGCGCCUGGCUUCGGUCAACAAUUUCUGGCACAGCAAAAGCUGAAGGCUACCUAA